AUGCCUGCCAUCGUCAACCUCCUCUUCAACGUCGUCUCCACGAACACCACCAUCUCCUUCAGAGUGUUCCUGCCCAUGUUCAGCCUGGUCUCUCUCCUGGUCGGAGUCGGUGGUCACCUCUUGCUGUGGUUGGUUUUAGUGAGAAAUCCUCGCUGUCGCUCCAAGCCGAGCUCCAUCCUGCUCCUGAACCUGAGCCUGGCAGACCUGGGCGCCCUGCUGACUCUGCCCUGCGUCCUCCUGAGUGCAAGUUUCCAGGACUGGCAGCUUGGUGGAGGGACCUGCGUGCUGCUGGGGUUCAUGACCUCAGUCACUGUGGGAGUGGAGAUCUUCAGCUUGGCAGCUUUGUCGGUGCUGAGGUAUCGCAUUGUUGCACCACGGACAAGACUGCCAGCCAGUCUGACACAAGUGCUUCGUUCUGUUGCAAUCAUCUGGCUGGUCUCAGUUACCAUGGCACUACCGAAGGUCACCUACAUCAACUUCGACGUGGGCUGCACGUGGGCGGUGGGCCAAGACGAGUGGCUGUUCUUCCUCGUUCCAGCGUUCUUGGUGUACUACGUGGCCCCUCUGCUCUGCAUCGCUGUGAACUGCGGCCUCAUCAUCUCUCAGCUACAUGGCUGCAGGAGAUCUCUGGCUGCCGACAGACGCAAUAAGAAAGCCACCGCUCUGCUCAUCGCCUCCACGCUGGUGUUUGCCCUCAGCUGGUUGCCGUAUUACGCUCUGGAGUUUUUUAAUGUCAUGUCUCCUCAUGUCAGCUCAGCAGCUUCUCCUGUUAGAAGAUUAGGGCGAAAGUUAUCUUCAACUUUGUCUCCUUCAUAUUCAUCAGUCACCUCGCCUGACCCCACUGAGGUCUCAGAGAUGAGCGUGUCCUUGCUGUGGGAGGUGGCAUCGUUGUCUGCUAUUUUGUUAGUGUGUCUGGCUCCCUGCUGGAACCCGCCCCUCUACUUCCUGUUGUCACGUCCGGCUGUUCGUCAGCUCCGGGCUCUCCUGCCGUCUUUCUUUCAAAAGCACCUGGGAAAAAAACCCGUGCAGCCCUGGAGUAUCGCUCCAGCUCCUCCCCCUCGCCUGCCACACCCUCAGCCGUCUGCGCUCACACAUCAAACUCUGACACAUAGGCUGACUCAGUAA